AUGUCUGUUAUUGAGACAGUCAGAAAUGACAAUAACUCGCGUGAAAUGGAUCUUAAAAGUAAUUCCUUGAGUGUUAGUAGUAAGUCUGUCAAAAACAAGCCAUUUGAUGAGACUAACACUGGUAUACUUCAAUCUGAAAAAGAGCUUGAGACGGCUGAAGACAGUACUAUCAAGGAGAUAAAAUCAAAUGACCGUGGUGGCCCUACAGAUUCUCCAAGUCCAGUAACCAGUUCUAAUGACAAAUUUGUCAAAGGUUCCAACGGUUCCGUGAUGACCGGGAAAGCCAACUUUACCAGCUUACCUGGAAUAAUCUCCUCCCCAUCCCCGCUUUCGUUGAAAUCUGAUAAAUCGCGUCAAGGACAAAACAAUGUUUCGUUUCUUAGUACAGAUGGAAGCUCUAGACCAUCGUCAUCUGCAUUAGUUACGGAGAAUACUCCUGCCCGUGUUCCAUCUCCCCUAUCUUCUUUAGCAUUCGAUUCCAGCAACGUAACACCACAACGGGAAGUGAGUCUAUCUACCCCUUCUGCUCGUCGAUUCACGGGAUCGUAUGCCCCAAAUGAUGAAGACAAUGACGCUGACAGCGAGCUCGAUACAUCAACCUCUGCAUUAAAUGAUCGCAGGAGAAAGUACGGAUUUAGGCGACUAUCGCAUCGUGACAAUCUUUUCAAAAGGAAGUCUGUCGAAAAUCCCAUCGAAGAGGCUGAGAAAUCGACCAAACCGUCAACUAAACCCCGACGACGUCUAGCCAAAUUGAGAUCAAAGAGUGAGGCAGAAGCUAUUGGGCCCUCUUUCGGCCAGGCUAGCAGUGGUCAUGGAGCCUCUGAUAAUGAGAUACUACCUCGACCUCGACGGACUAAUGAAGAUAUACAUUCAGAUACAGAGGUUACUAACAUAGUUUCUGACUAUGACGAUACUGUGAUACAUGGAGCAAGUGGUCCUGAAAACGACCAACUUCGAACUUCAAGCAGAUAUGCAAGAUUCAACAGGGGUAAUAAUGCCCAAACUAUCAACGGAGCUGGAAACACAGAUAGCCCUAAUAUGUUUAGGCGAAUAUCUCAAAUUAAUACAGAAACAUUCUCCCUCAAUCUCAGGAAAUAUACGCGUUUUGGACGCAGGAAAAAGGAGGAGGAGAAAUCAGCGGCCCAUGAAAAGUCAUCCGAGCUUUUGAAUGAACUUAUCUCUAUAACUCCUGCGACCAUCAUCUUGGCCUCGAGUCUAGGAAGAGAUGAUAAGGGCUUACCCCGAGUUCCUGUUCUUCUCGAACAACUUCGUUUUACGUUGACUCAGAUUGCUCAGCAAACAUUUAAAAUCGAUGUAGAGUAUGGUCGCUUAUCUUGGUCGGUGGAGAGAGACUAUAGAGAAUUUUCAGCUUUGAACAGCAAAUUACGGAGUAUUUUGAUUCAGCGUAGACUUGCCAAUUCAGAAGCAAAGAGGGACAGAGAAAAUGAAAAGCAGAACCGGCCGCCUCAACCAAAGGUUAAAUUUCCUCGACUGCCGAAAUUACCCAAAUCAACUGUUAGAAGUAGCAGCCAAAGAGCGGAAGCGUCUGGAAUAAUUCCAGUCCGGAGCCAAGAGGGACCGCCAAGGAUUGAGUACGCAAGUAGUUUGUCUGGGUCGGAUGAAGAUGAACAUAAUACACUCCCGCGUGGCGUUACAGGUCAGGCAACUACAAUAGAAGUUGCUUUAGCCGAAUACUUGCGUGGGUUACUACAUAAAUUUCAAGCUGGUGGUGACGCGAAUAGGAUACUAAGUUUUUUUGAAUGCUCAACUAUGACUGUGCAGCUUGCUUCUGCUGAAAAUCAUUAUCACGGUAAAGAGGGUAUGUUGUAUAUGAGUUCAAUGGCUUCUGCUCAAGGUUGGAAAGUAAGCCAUUGGAAACCGGAUGAUAUAUCACAAAUGGUUCAACGACACACAAAAAAGUGGUUUCUGGUUCGCCCUUCAUAUAUUGUUUGUGUCGACAAUAUUGCAGCAACUAAUAUACGUGAAGUGUUUUUGGUCGACGCUUCAUUCAGAGCAAGGAGUAGGACUGACCGCAAUGAUAUAUUGUUCGCCGACAGUUCAAGUGAUAAUACUAAACGUCCUGAAGUUGCGAGAGGUUUAUCACGCUUGAGGGCCUCUAGGUUUAUUGUAGAAAUCGAAAAUAACGAACGACAAUUGGCUAUAGCCGGGAAGUCACAAAAGGAAAUGUUGCUCUGGGUGGAAUGCUUGAAUAAAAUGAAGGACGCAUCUAUUUGGAGUAAGCCAAAUAGAUUUGGUAGUUUUGCUCCAAUAAGGAUGCACGUGGCUGCAAAUUGGUUUGUUGAUGCAAGGGAUUACUUUUGGACAGUUAGCGAGGCCAUAAGUCAAGCGAAGGAUGUCAUCUACAUCCAUGACUGGUGGCUUAGCCCAGAGAUUUACAUGAGACGGCCCCCUCAAGGAAAUCAAGAAUGGCGUUUAGAUCGGUUGUUGCAACGGAAGGCGAUUGAGGGCAUCAAGAUAUUUAUUAUAAUCUAUAGGAACUACGGACAAACAGUUCCUAUCGAUUCUCUUUACACUAAACACUCGUUGUUAAAUCUUCACGACAAUAUUUACGUUAUGAGAUCUCCUAAUCAAUGGCUUCAAAACACAUACUUCUGGGCUCAUCAUGAAAAGCUAUGUCUAAUUGAUCAUUCGAUUGCAUUUUUAGGUGGCAUAGACCUUUGCUUUGGCAGAUACGACACACCAGAUCAUUCUCUAACUGACGAUGUACCUACUGCAUUUUAUACCCAACCACCCUUCCCUAAAAAUGAGAAAACACAAAUGUGGCCCGGCAAAGAUUAUUCUAACCCUCGUGUUAAAGAUUUUUUUAAUUUGAGUGAGCCUUAUGAAGAUAUGUAUGAUCGUCUAAAGGUCCCGAGAAUGCCAUGGCAUGAUAUACAUAUGGCUGUCAUUGGGCAACCAGCCAGAGAUUUGGCUCGACAUUUUGUUCAACGAUGGAACUAUUUGAUCAGACAUAAGCGCCCAUCUCGACUCACCCCUUUACUUGUCCCUCCUCCUGAUUUCACCCGGGAAGAGUUGGUAAGUAGAGGCUUGACUGGCACAUGUGAAGUCCAGAUACUUAGGUCCUCCGGUCAGUGGUCAUUAGGGCUUAAGAAUUUGGAGCAUAGCAUUGAGAAUGCUUAUAUCACAGCUAUAGCUGAGUCCGAGCAUUUCGUUUAUAUUGAAAACCAGUUUUUCAUCACAUCAACCGUCAUCGAAGGCACCGUCAUUGAGAACAAAAUUGGCAAUGCACUGGUGGAGAGAAUCAAGGUAGCUCAUGAAAAGAAGCAAAACUGGAGGUGUAUUAUUGUUAUUCCUUUGAUGCCUGGGUUUGAAUCUCAAGUUGACAUGGCGGAGGGAUCUAGUGUGCGGGUUAUAAUGCAGUGUCAAUAUAUGUCCAUCAGCAGAGGCGAGGAAAGUAUUUAUAAAAAACUUGAAAGAGCUAACAUUGUUCCUGAGGACUAUAUUCAAUUUUACUCGCUACGUAAGUGGGGCAAUAUUGGUCCAAAUAGGAAGCUAGUUACGGAGCAGCUUUACAUCCACGCUAAGUGCAUGGUUGUUGAUGACCGGAUAGCGAUUAUUGGUAGUGCGAAUAUCAAUGAACGAUCAAUGAGGGGCAGUAGAGAUUCGGAAAUUGCUGCGAUUAUCAGAGAUACACAUGUUGUGAACUCUGUUAUGGCGGGCAGACCAUUUGAGGUUGGUAAAUUUGCCCAUAGCUUAAGAAUUCGCCUCAUGUCGGAGCAUCUUGGCAUUGAUCUUGACGUCACAGAAGCCAUUGACAUAUGUCUAAACGAAGAACUUAAUAGGAAAGCAAACGCUGAGGAGGAAGAUGUGUUUGGUGAAGAUAAUAAAGAUCUUCGCCAAGACGAGAAAGAGUUUAUCGGGCCUCACAGCUUCAAUCACUAUGCGGGUUACUACAAUAUUGGUCUCAGAGAUAAGAAGGCUGAAAGUUCCGAUAACAGAGUCCAAAAUAAUGAGCAACAUAGUAAAGAUGUCGAAGGUUAUGGUAUAGACGGCUACAAGGUGGAAGAUAAAGCGGAGGCUAGAAGAGGAAACGACAUUCGAAAGGAGGAAAAUAGGACGAUGCUAGAAAAAGCCAGAACUAUUGUUGGAGAAGCUUUGCGAACCUGGGAAUACGAAGAUAUCAGUCAUUUGCGGCGCCAGCUGUAUGAAAAAAUGACAGGUAUGGUUGUCCGUGAUAGCUUUGAGUUCGAUCGGUUGUCACCAGGAUUAGAAGGACCCGAAGACGAUUCCGAGAUAGUUUCAACUGUAAAUCCGUAUAAAUUACAGGAUCCUCUCGACGAAACCUUUUAUGAAGACGUUUGGCGUGCUAUUGCUACCAAGAACACGCUAUUAUUUCGAGAUGUGUUCCGUUGUCAGCCAGAUGAUGAGGUUCAAACAUGGGCAGAUUACAAGCGUUACAUGUCAUAUGGGGAACAGUUUUCAACUCAGCAAGACGAGGCUUCGGACCAACCUGUCGACUCUACUAUGGAUACUUUAAGAGCUCACGAUCCCUUGAAUACGAUAGGAAAAAGCGAAGAAAGUGAUGAGAAUUUGGUUGGUUCCAGCUCAGGAUCAGGAUCACGAUCUGGAUCUGGUGCUGAUGAGGAGAACGAUUCUGCAGAGCCUCGAGACUCUACAACAUCGUCAGAAAUUGAUCCAAACGAUUCCACAAACAAUGACAUUCAUAAGCAAGGCAUGACACCCGCUGCGUCAGCAUCCUCGAUGGGUCGAACUAAGCGAAAACGUGCCAAUAGCAAAUAUAGUCGGAAUUAUGGUCUUGGAAAGCCCUAUCCAGCCGAUGAGGCCGAAGAGAUACUUAGAGGAGUUAAGGGCAAUUUGGUAAUGUUCCCUACUGAGUGGUUAGGAAAAGAACAUGAUAAGUAA